AUGGAGGACCUCAUGAUUUAUGUUGAUGAGAAUGGGAGUGUUAGGUUGCUAUCUGGAUAUAAGUUUGAUCCUACUGAUGAGAUUCUUGUGAAAUUCUACUUGAAGAGGAGGAUCUUUGCUCAACCUCUUCCUUUUCAAAUCAUCCCAAAUUUUGAUGUGUUUCAAAUUGAGCCUUGGGGCCUACCAGGAGGAGAUGGAAAGAUUUUCAAUGAGCGCAAGUGCUUCUUCUACAAUACCAUGGGUCGUGAUCUUGAAAACACUGACAUGAGAGUUGCAAGGAAUGACCAGUGGAGAGUUAUAGAAAAAAACAAGUAUGUUUCUAUCCCCCGAAACAAUCAGGUGAUUGGGAAGAGAAAUACCCUGGAUUUUUGGGAAGUGCAAGGAGCCUAUGCUAGAAGGACCGAAUGGAUGAUGCAUGAGUUCCGUCUCGCGUUAAUUGAUAACCCAUCUAAGAUGGCAAACUGUGUUGUUUACCGCAUCUUUAAGAAUAAGGAUGAAAACAAGGUGAAGGAUGCAAGAGGAUGUAAUGAGGAAAGCUCCAAUGUUGGGAGUGCCGAAGUGAUUGAUUUCAAUGUUGAGAGUGGCAGUUUCUCAAAUCCUUCCCCAAUGGCCCGUUCCUUAAGUGAGGGUAGCAAAUCUUCUUAA